GCCCACUUGUCGAUAUACUGUACUAACGUUACAAGGCCAAGGGCUCUGUGUUGGCCCCCAUCACUCUUUUUCGGAGCACAGCCCAGGGGACUUUGCGACAGACGAGAUCGUCAAUUACGCCUUGUGCGUUCCCUCUUCGAGCUCUUUGAGUUCUUUGAGGCUGAAUGAUCCGUUUUCAGUGCCGUCAUUUCCAGUUCUUCAUCUGCGAUGCGGUAACGGUUUGACCCUCACCACCCAACAUGACUACGUCCACUUCGUCCACGUCGGCAGCUAUUCCGUUGACAACGGUGUUUACACCUCCAGCCUCGUGUACGAGUGUGAACUGGGUUUCAUCGGAUUGCCAGAAAAGCACCUGCGACGGUGUCUACAACAUUGUACAAACCACCGACACGGACUGCUAUCCUUCCGGAUGGGCUAAGACGGCUACCUGGUUCUCACCGGGGUUAUUUUGUCCGACGGGAUAUACCGUGAACAAUACCAAUGUGGUCACCAGCGGCUUGGGUAUAACGGAGACUCAGGCGAGAUGCUGUCCCUCGGGAUACGCCUUUGCCACCAAGGCCUUGGAAUACUGGUGGACCCCCGAGCCAUGCACCAAGAUAAGCAAGACGACUACCGUCAUCGACUAUACCGUCCUCGGCGUAACCCCAACCACCACGACGGCCGUCACAUACACACAUCCGAUCAUCCACGCAUACCCCGUCGAACUCAGAUGGCAAUCCACCGACAGCGUGGACGCAGUCGUAGAGUCCUCCGCCACGGUCAUGUUAACCUCCAGCACUGGGACCUCCGCAUCAUCAACAUCGACACCAAGCUCAUCCAGCGCUUCCUCCGGACUCUCCACGGGAGCAAAAGCGGGUAUCGGAAUCGGCGUUGCCGCAGCGGCCAUUAUCGUGAUCGUUCUCAGUCUACUUUUCUGGUUCCGACGAAGGAGAACCCAAAAGGCUUCAACGCAGACCUCGGACGAUUACUCCCGUGAUGGAUCCGUGUUCGACAGAGCUCCUCGACAGGAACCCGUGGAGCUACCUACGUAUACGCCCGAACUUCACGGGAACUUUUCACCGGCAUCGGAGCUCGCGAGUGAUCAAACCUAUAGUGAACAAGGUUACAGUGAGCAUGGACAUAGCGAAGGGGCGCAGAGCGAGGUUGGUCAGUUUCAGAGUCGGAUGCAUCACAGCCCGAGAAAGUGAUAGGCGUGCUCGCGGUUUACAUUCCUCGGUUUUGUUCUUGCAUUCCCUACUACGAGUCGAGAUGAUGAUACCCUCCCGUCAUGGAAUAGAAGUGUAUAGAGUUGCGAAUAUGGUAUGUAGUGG